UAUUUUGCGCAAAUUAUUAAGGAAGUUGCCUAUGAUUUAGAGGAAUCGAAAUACCAAAAUGCAGAAUUGCGUCUUUCCAUUUACGGUAAAUCGCCGGAUGAGUGGAAAAAAUUAGCCAAAUGGGCCAUCGAUUACAACGUGCAUUCGACAAAUGUACGCUGGCUGAUACAGAUUCCACGUCUUUAUGAUAUAUUCAAAUCCAACAAUUUGAUGAAUUCAUUCCAAAAUAUCCUGGAUAAUAUUUUUCUGCCUCUAUUCGAGGCUACCAGCCGUCCUAAUGAGCAUCCCGAAUUGCAUCGUUUUCUCAAGUAUGUCAUCGGCUUCGAUUCAGUGGACGAUGAAUCAAAACCAGAGAAUCCAAUUAUCGAUGUGGAUAUA